CCGCGGAGGACCAGUGAACGGAGCAGGAAAGUGGGACAAGAACGGCGAAUACCGUCUUUUAACAAAGUAUUUUUUGGCUCGGUGUUUCCGGGUCAGAACCGGGCUUUAGACGCAGCAGAAAACCGGAGUGGGAUUUCCAGCAGUCAUGGAUCACAUGAAUCACAGCAUGCAUCAUUCUAUGGCUCCGCCCACCAGCACUGACCACAACCAUGGAGGAGGAGGAGGAGGAGGCCAUGAAGGUCACGGAGGGAUGGUGAUGACCUUCUACUUUGGCUACAAGAAUGUAGAGGUGCUGUUUGCUGGGCUGCUCAUCAACUCACCUGGAGAGAUGGUUGGGGCUUGCAUUGGUGUCUUCCUGUUGGCUGUUCUCUACGAAGGCCUGAAGAUCGGCCGUGAGGCGCUGCUGCGUCGCAACCAGGUCAACGUGCGCUACAACUCCAUGCCACUGCCAGGAAGCGAUGGAACGGUGCUUAUGGAGACGCACAAGACUGUUGGGCAACGGAUGUUAAGUCCGUCCCACUUCCUGCAGACUGCGCUCCACAUUAUCCAGGUGGUUGUCAGCUACUUCCUGAUGCUCAUCUUUAUGACUUACAAUGGUUACCUGUGCAUCGCUGUGGCGGCUGGUGCUGGAAUGGGCUACUUCCUGUUCAGCUGGCGGAAGGCAGUGGUUGUUGACAUCACAGAGCAUUGUCACUAGUUUUACUCUAGUUAGCAUCAAUAUUAGCUCUGUUAACGACAUGCUGACAGUUGUUGCUACAGCGCACCAGACUGUAGAUCAAUUAAUCCUGUAGUGACUAACCCUUGAAGAAGGUUAUCAAAUGUUUUCACAUUUUUUACUGUAAAUUUAAACUCCUGCAAAUGGAAAAGCCAGUCAAUCAGAUAUCUAAUCACCUCAGGACGUCUGAUCUUUUUAGUGCCAUUAAAUCCUUAGAAUGUGUUAAAUAGCAUCAGUAAUGGCUUGUGAGCGGAACCACCAAUCAGAAAACAGCCUUGGUCUGUGCUUUUAUUCACAAAGUGGUUAAAGUAAUGAUUAAGUUUACAUUUAGUAAACAGGAAAUGAUCUUCCUUACAAAAAGUUUGUUUCUUGUUUACUUUUUUAAUUUAAAACAAACAUUUUUGUGUUCUGAGAAAAUUUCACUUUAUAUUGCAGAAAAUAUAAAUUACACAAUCAUAAGACGUUUCUCUGAUUACUUAUUUUUUUGUUAAUGUAUGAGUCAGGGCACUCACAUGUGGUCAUCAAGUAAGUGCUACUUGCUUUACUUUCACCAUCGGCCUUAAAGCCGCCCACUGCCUUACUCUGACCAACCAAAUAUCCUGUUGUCAUCAUGGAGACAGGAAUGCCGUAGUGUCUUGUUUAUUCCAAUUAAAGAUCCUUUAGAAGACGUUGGUUGGAUUUUUCUGAUUUUGAUGUAUUUACUGUGAGGUAGGCAGAGUUUACAUUCUGGACCAAUGAGAAUUCAGGGACUGAGUAGCUGGAUUUAUUUCUGUUUUAAAUGAUGUAGAUAUUUUAACUAGGCUUCAGCUCUGCUCAGUGUGCUUCUGAUUGGCCAUGUUUAAUGAAGUAAGCAGUGUUUGAUCCCGGAGGAGCCCCCAAAAUGUUAUAGUAAACCCAAGAAAGAACACUAAGUCAGAGAACUGAUUGUUGAAAGUUGCUUUCUAGAUCAACGUGUAAUCCUCAGUUUCCUCUCAGAAAGAAAGGAGCCAUUUUUAAACCAAAUGCCUAUUCAACUUGAAUUAGAUUAGUUUUACUUGAUUCUGGAGCUUUUUUAAUCUGAGACUCAGCUGUUUUCUUUUGACCUUAUUUUCUCAAACACUCAUCCUGUCUGAAUACACUCUUUAUUAAGGUAAUUAUCUUCUGUCAUGUAAACCAAGUUAAUAUUAUGAACUGAUCUGCAGAGGUUAAAGUGACCACAGCAAACUGUCACCAGGUGUGUUGACUGCAUCAGGUGGCAUUUGGUCGUUUUAUAAAUGUUUUGCGUCUGAAGAAAAUUUUUAUGUGACAAAUGCUGGAAUCGUGUUUAACAAAAUAAAUGUAAUGUGAAGUUGA